AUGCGCUCCUCAAUUUCGAUACCCAUUCUCUCCCUGCUACUGCCUACUCUUGCCGCCUCCACUGCGACGUCAGAAUGCUUGCGAUCCAAGGCCGUGUCGCUUGCCAUCGAAUCACUAUGUGGUGAUAAGGAGACUAUGGUCAGGUGCUUCAAGCAGGCUUCCGAUGCCGACAUCGUAACACUUGAGUCGUGCUUGAAGAAUGCAGGAUGUACGCCAAAGGCUGCUGCCAGUGAAGCCAGCUACUUGGUCACAUUUUGCAACGGAGAGCCUAGCGACCUCAAGAGGAGAGAACGCGAGGGUCUCGCCGCUCGUGCCACCGACAGCACAGCCUCAGCAGACUCGACCACGACGACAGAUGCCUCAACCACUGCUACUACAACCGGUACCAGCGCCGUCAGCAAGCGCGAGACAACCGACACGACAGCCACAGCGACUACUACCGCAGCGACUACCGCGGCAACGACCGACACGACAGCAACUGGGUCCACCACAGUCUUCUCGGGUACCGCCUGCUCGAGCGCCAAGGCGACCGCAGUCAGUUCUUGCGACAGUAAAAACCAAUACGAUUGCUCCAUAGUCACUACCACCACCUUGGUCUGCAGAUCCAACUACUACUGCGACACGGAUGCUUCUGGCAACAACCUCUGCAUGGUACGACAGGACGGUAUGACCCUCUCUGGCACCAUUGUUGCCAUCUUCCUCGCCAUCGGUAUGACCGGCAUCAUCGCUUCCGUCAUCUUCUUGUGCUGCCAGGACCGCAAGGAACAAAAGCGCCAGCGUGCCCGCACUGAGGCUGCUGCCAUCGCCAAGGCCAACUCUGUCUCCAGACCCGAGACCAGGUCUGCCAGCCAGCCAGUCCGUAGCAUCUCUCAGUCUGAUGCCGCCCACCAGCCCAACCCAUUUGCUGGUUAG